GCCAGAGGAGGGAGUAUUUCCGGGGGAUACCAGACGGGAGCGCCGACAGUCUGCACAUGGCUAAUGGCGGCUGAGUCAGCGGCUCCCAGCAGAGGGAAAGCAGCAGCGGCGGCUCCCAGCGCAGGCGGUUUCUCCAGCUCAGGAAGGCCUGAGGAGUGACCCCCUCAACAGCAAGCUCCAGCCCGCAAGCACUGGAGCUCGGGGCAUGCCCGGACUUGUCUCCACGUGCCUCAGCUGCGACCUCAGACACUUGUUUGAAUUGCUGCGAUGGGCUGUCUGCUGUGGUUGCCAGGCAGCUGUGACAGGGCGGUGCUUUGAGGAAUGUCAGCCGGCUCCCCGUCUCCACUUGCUCCGUCACAGCCUCAGUCUGUGCCACCUCGGGGGUGUGGAAAGGAACGCCCUCGCCCGGACCCGCGCAGCCCCGAUCUCCUUUGGGCUCCGCUCCACCUGGAUCUCCGCUCGGGCUGGUUCCCCCUGGCUCUGCGCCAACACCCGCAGCCAGCGGGAGCAUGUCCCACACCGCUGGUGCUCUUGUGCGCUUGCAAAAGUGAAAAAGCCCUCCCAGCUCCAGCUUUCGGGUUUCGCGUUACUAGUGAGCGUCCGCCACCGCUACCAUUGGCACUGCGCUUGUCGCUGCCGCGUAUUCGGCUCUCGCGUCUCGCCUUGGCUGGCCCGGCCCCGGCAAUCUGUGCGCUUUCCCCACGGACAGCUGCCGUGCGAGUUUUUGUCACCGUGCGUGUCACUGGACCCACGGUGCGCGUAUGCGCCGCCAGCACGGAGCAUGCCGCCGCCACCAUACGCGUUUCCCUCAUGGUCCCGAACUUACGCCACUCUGUUAAUUCAUGUACUAUAUAAGGAUUUUGAGAAACUCUUUGUGCAUACCCGUAAGCUAACAACUGUGGGAGCUCUUUCUGCAAGUCUAUGUCCUUAAUCUGCUGCUUUUUUAAAAAGCAAGUAAAUAAAUCAUAUGCUGCUUGCCUUUCCAUUUCUAAUCAGCCCUGUUGCAAGGCUUACAGGCUCCGGCAGCACGUAGGCUGGGACUAUCUAUAUAGCUCCCAGGGCUGCGAACUCGCAGUGGUUCGUUUGCCGUCCCACCCCUUGCUUCAGAGGGACCCGCUCCUACUUCCCGAUCCGUGGCAGCCGUGUCUGUCCGUAGUCGUCUUACGGAUCGACGUCGGGGUCAGCCAUUUGAUGGAGAAGGAAGACUCGCUCACCAUAUGAUGAUCGACAAGUCUCAUCUUUAUUCCCGAAUCGCCAAUUAUUAUACACCUUUUAAUUAGCUCAUGCAUAGUGCAAAAUCCCAGCUCACCAUUGGCUAAUUAGUUAUCAGCUAUCUACGUGCUGUUUUGGUAUAACUACUUACUACUUUCCCAGGCUGUCCCGCUCGACCACCUGUCUCUGUGUAUUUCUUCUUCCGUGGGCCAAGGACACACAGUUUAAUUGGAAUGGCAACUCCCCUCAUUCUCUAUCUUGGUCAAAUUAAUCUCACUGUGAGCUUUAGCUCGGAGCCAGCUUGUUACAAAGCUCUCAACAGUAGAUUACUUUCUGUUUCACUGCCUGUGCCUUUUUCUUUGAUACUCUGUAUCCUUGGAGCCCUAGGAAAUUCAAAAGGCUUACCAUCCAGGCCACACAUGCUUCCCUUGUCCAAGUGGCUACUAGAAGAUCAUCCAUGAACUGCAAUAGCCUUCCUUCUUCCUGUGGAGCUUCCCAGGACUCCAGAUCUUUUGCAAGUUGCUCUCUAAACAGAGUGGGGAAAUUUUUGAAGCGUUGAGGCAACACGGCCCAUAUGAGCUGGGUUUUAUGCCUGCCUUUAGGGCUUUCCCAUUCAUAUGCAAAAAUUUUCUGUCUGGCUUCCUGGAUAGGGAGGCAAAAGACAGCAUCUUUCCGGUCUAAAAUGGUAAACUAGGUUAGCUCAGGUGUUAAGUUAGUAAAGUAUAUGGAUUUGCUACCACAGGAUAUAAAUUCUUUGUUAUCUUAUUGACAGCCCUCAAUCCUGUACUAUUAAUUAUUGGGCUGAUUUCUUCCCUAUCUUCUUUUUUAAGGAGUACUGCUUAAUUCUCAUUGGUUGUGUCCCUUCCUUAAGCUUGAUUACUAUGGGGGGGCAUUCUUCACCCUCCCUGGUACACCAGAGGCCCAUACCCCCAAAAAUACUUUUCCUAAUAUUUUUUUACUAAUUUCCUUCUUCAUUUUAAUGGCUGUUAAUGUUAAGCCUAACACCUUUAUAUAAUUUUGAUCAUUUACCUCCAAAGUAACCUCCCCAUUUUACAAUGUUUAGCGAAUUGGGCAGAUACAAAAACUUGUAAAUACCCCAUUGUUACUUUAAAGGUUUGCAAAAGUAUGCCUUCUCGGACUGGUUAGUUGUUCCUUGUACUACAACAUAAUCAUUUUUCACAGGUACUAAAGCUUUAUUUAAAACUGAAUAUAUGGCCCCUGUAUCAACUAAAAUUCUACCCUUUUCCUUUCUUCUGGUCUCACUGCCUCUCACAGAGGGGUCUGUUACCUUCUAGUUCUGGAUGAAAUUGGACUGCCAAGGAGGGGGAUGGGUGCAAGUGGGUAUACCUUUGUAGCCUGAGUCCUCUUCCCUUUGGGGAGGUCCUCCUCAUCCUCCCUUACCUUAGGAGGAGCCUUUAACAAAUCAUAUGUACUUUAUUUUGCGUUUCAUCAUUGUUAUAGAUGAAAAAUGAAAAAUAGCCAAUUUUAAUAAAAAUAUAAAAAAUGAAAUUUAUUUCGCUACUGUAAUACACUCUCGACAGCCAACAACCAAAUCGGACAGCGUACCACCCCCGGACGGUGAUGCGGGUGAACGUGAGAUUGGACUUGCUAGUACCAAUUCUACCCCGUCCACACUGGCUUCUCCGAGGCAGCAGUUCUUAUACGGUUUAUUUUGCCUGUGACAGAGUGUCUUUGUCUCUUUUUCAGUUCUUCAUAUUCAAGUUGGUUUCUUUCUCUGGCUCGAGCUGCACAAAGCCUCCGUCUGGGAAUAGAGUAAUACUUUCCUCCAUUCCCGGAAUCUGGCAUUCAGAUGGAAGGUGUUGAUGGCCCUGGUCUUCUCAGAUAGGUAUCUUGUCUGGGCCAUCAUCGCUUGGGCGUCACUGGGUGCAGGUCCUUGUGAAUGCCCAUCUCCUGUGCAGCCAGAGUUUCCUUCGAAUGCAAAUGAGGUGGUGCCUCUCUGUGGUUUCACCAUCCUGUGGAAGGAAUCUCCCCCCCUUUAUACACCAAUAGUUCAUUUUAUACGUGUAUAUAUAUUUUGAUAUACCCUUUAUUCCCACAAAUUACUACCCAUAUCUAUAACAAAUCCCUCACCUCUUUUUAUUAACACAUUAAUUCGUGGGUAAUUCUAAAAAUUAAACCCACGUGUUUUAUUUUUAGUUGAUUUCUAUAUACAUACAAGUGACCUCUUUCUCAAUCAUCCUGAGGUAUUCCCUGAUAUUCCCUGAGUUCUGAUCUGUUGUGCUCAAUUUGUUUCUCAAAUUGAGCCAGGGCAUUAGCUGCCCAUUAUGUGGGGUAUCCUCCUCUAAGUUCAUAAUUUUUGAGAUUGGGUUAGCCUUUCCUGUCGCCAUCUCUGGGUCCAUUGGCAUGGCCGAUAUCUGCAUCCCUUGUACAACUGAGUGUAUCAACCGGAUAAAGGAAGGGAUCAGACAGGGUAGGAAGAUGACUCCUGCUAUGGAACAGAGAAUAAAGAAGAAUAACUUCUUCCACCAUGCCCCAUUAAACAGAUUGUCCCACCAGAAUGCGUUCAGGAUCGAGUUCCACUUCUGGAUGGGCACUGGGCAACCCUCUUUAUUUCAGCUGCAAGUCCUCUAAUCGUCUCCCCAUAAUUGUCAAUUUCGAUGCAGCAUUCAGAUUCAUUGAACUUACCACAUACUCCCCCCUCCUCUGCCAACAAGUAGUCCAAUGCUAUUCUAUUUUGGUAAACAAAAGCCCUCGUCUGGGAGUGCUGCCUUGACAGUAACUCCAAGGCGUCUGCAGUGUGGUUGGACACGAUUUCCACCACUGCCUGGAGCCUGAUUAACCGGUUCAGGAGAUAUAUCGGGGUCCCGUAACCCCAACUACCGUCCUGAGCCCAGGUAGCGGGCCCAUUGUAUUCAGUGAUCAGCUCUGCGGGCCACUCCUCCUCCCCCCAUUUCUGACUUCCUUCAAAGACUGGAAAUUUCUUUCUUACAUCUCUCUUUUGUCGAUCUAGGGUCUCUUAAAGAGGAGCCCCUAGUGAGCUGCUUUCUGACCUGGGCAAGGUGAAGAAGGCUGGUCUGAUCACUCCCAGGAUGCAUGACCCUUUCCAUUUCAAAGGCAGCUCACUGUAUGCCUUUUUUCCACAAAUCCAAUAUAUUCCAUUCGGUGCUUUCCAAUUCUUUACCUCCCUGGGUUUGUCCCAAAAAUCUCUUCAUCCCACUAAGGAUUGGAAAGGGUUAGCCCCAGCUUUCAUGUUCCAGCAAAGUCCCAUGUUUUCAUUCCAUUCGCAUUGGUUAUCUUUUUUCUGACUCCAGUACCCGUAGGGAAGUUCUGGUUGCCACCUUUGGCUUUUGUUAUCUGAAUUUAUGAUCAGUGUGGAAAUACAAGGUGUAAAACCUACAAUUUCCAUAUAUUCUCUUCCUUCUCUACUUAUGCAAAUUCUUCCAAUUACUCGCUGAUCUAAAUUCCAUCCCUCGGGUCGUUGAAUUAAUUUAGAAAUUUUGGUGUGAUUCCACUUAAGCAGCUGUUCUGGGGUUAACCCUUCUCCUUUCCAAGGCCACUUUUCGGCCGAUUUUAAACCCCCACAUAUCCAGCAAUUUGUAAGACCUAAUUCCAUAGCAAUAUCUUGCAUGAGGUCUAUGAACAAGUUUUUAUCUGAUGCUGCAAGGCCAAAUUCACUAUAUUGUUUUUCUAAUUGUUUGUAAUGCUCGCUUAGAGUUUUUAACCUCUCCUGCUCAAUUUUCCGUUUCCUCAUUUUGGACUCCUGUCUUUUUAAUUCUUGGGUGAUCUGCUGAAUUUUACUUUCUGGAUUCACCCUUUCUUUGUUUUGGGAAAAGCAGAAAGUUUUGUCAUAUUGGAGGCAGGCUCAGUCAUCAUGAUCUUCAAGUAAUCCUAUGAUGACCGGUUCUUUACCCAAAGACAUCUUAUUCCUGUAUUUCAGAUUCUCCCCCACCCAAUAUGUUCUUCCUCCCAUGGUACACAUUCCCAACUGUUCACUGUUAUAACACAACUGGUUCAUUUGAAAAUAUCCCACAAAAAUCAAAUCCAUUCUUCCCCCAGUCCACACAGUACGGUUACACUUAUCGCAUAUGGGAAUCUUAGCAGUUCUAAUAUCACGCUUUUUCCUGAUAAGGGUUGACUUACCUACCCUGGACGUCACCUCUGGCGAGAUGCAGACUCUCUCCCCUGUUUUUAGACAACCCCCAUAUCGAGUGCCGUCUGACCAACAGUACCUAUGUGCCGUGCCUUUAAUGCAGUCUGACGGGGCGAGGUUGGGAAAAGCCUCCGCUUCACCCUGACCGUCCCCUGUACAAACCUUGCAGAUUCAGCUGGGGUCCCACUGAUUUGAAUCAGUUUGUGUUUCAGCGAGUGCACUAGUCCUGAGGCACAUGGCUAGACUCAGGCUCAUCAGAGUUAUCCCGAUUAUUGUUCCUCUGCCCCCGCUCUCGCCCACUGGGUUGCCUCCAGUGGCGAGGAGUACCAUCUUCUUGGCAGCAGGAAUCAAUUUCUCAGAGAUCAUAGCUGGCCCGGGCUGCGUACCUCCGCUUAAACACUCCCCACCGACAGAGCUUUACUGGCCGGGCACUGCAGGGUACUUUGUUCUUCCUUCAGCACUCGAUUGAUAAGAUGUGAGGCCUAUAUCGGAGUUUUCCUCUUAAUCCAUUUUGGAAAAGCCUAAACCACUGUAUAGAGUCUGCUUCAAUCACUCCCAGUUCUGUGAGCAACGUCAAGAGUAGGUUAGUCACCUGUACUUCGUGGUUAAAACAAUCCUCGCACAAACCCCUAGGUCUCACCCCCCCGUCACAAUGCGCCACCCACAUUAUCUUACAAUAAUAGCACCCAAAUGACACAAACAGAUAGCAAGGACAGUUCGGUUCUUGACACUCGAUCCGGUCGAUCUCGGUCAUCAGUGUGGUCUGCGCAGGGUUAACUUCAAGUCUCCAGGAGGCGAGACAACCUCCCACUCGGGUAUGCCCUUUUUGGAUUCCACCUUCUUAACCCUGGAAGCUUGCAUUCGGUGGUUCGUACUGCUGUAUCUGUAGUCAAAAGAACAGGAAAGGGUCCUUCCCAAUGAGGAGAUAAUGGCACAUCCUUCCAGGUUUUUAUCAGGACGUAAUCUCCGUGUUGGACUGGAUGAAUGGAAAAGCCCACAGGACUCCCUUGCAUUACAAUUCCCUGCUUUCUUAGCUCUUGCAGGUUUCAGUUAAUAGUUAUCAGGUAUGGGCUUAUUUGCCCAUCCUCAAUCUUGGGGUGUCCUAUUGGCAUCCCAUGUUCAUAAGGCAUCCCGUACAGCAUUUAAAAAGGUGAUAUUCCAGUUUCUGAAUUUGGCAGAGUCCUGAUAUUUAGCAGAGCCAGUGGUAAGCACUUAAUCCAGGACAUUUUGGUUUCUAAAAUUAAUUUUGUUAAUUGUGCCUUAAGAGUUUGGUUCAUCCGUUCAACUUGGCCUGAGCUCUGUGGGUGCCAAGGGGUGUGAUACUCCCAGCGGAUUCCCAAGGCUUCUGCCAUUUGCUUUAUUAUUCUAGAGGUGAAGUGGGUACCUUGAUCUGAAUUGAUAUAUCUCACCAGCCCAUAUCUAAGCACAAUUUCUUCUAAUAAUAUUCUUGAUACCACCUGUGCGGUUUCCCGGGAACUGGGAUAUGCCUCCACCCAGUGUGUAAGCUUAUCCACUAUGACUAAUAGGCAUCGAUAUCUUCCCACCUUUGGCAGAUCAGUGAAAUCGAUCUGGACCCUUUCAAAGGGUCGAUAUGCCACUGGUUGGCUUCCCAUUGCUGUUUGCUUUGCCCGGUUCCGGUUGAUUUUCUGACACACCAUGCACCCCUGUACCUCUUGUUUAGCUAAUUCAUAUAUUCCUUUACACCCAAAAAAUCUUAGGAAUUGAUCUGCCAAUGCCUGAGUUCCCCAAUGUGUUUGUGCAUGUAGCCUUCUCAAUAUCUUCCAGGUAUAUUCUUUAGUCACUAGCUCCCUCCCAUCGGGUAAUUUCCACUUACCUUCUUCUAGUUUUCCCCCUAUAUUUUACAUUCCUCAAUUUCUUUUUCGGAGACCUGUGGGGGAAAUUAUCGUACCUCCCCCUCACAGUCCUCAGGGGUACUUACCGAUAGGAGUGCUGCAUGUUUAGCCUUCUGGUCUGCUAGACUGUUACCUCUUGCUUUAAACUGUGUCCCCCUUUGAUGUCCUUUAACAUGUACUAUAGCGAUGGCUUUUGGUUCUUGUAUAGCCACCAAUAUCUGUUUUAUCAGCUCCUCAUGCACAAGUCCUUUUCCCCUUGUACUGAUCAGCCCCCUUUCUUCCCAAAUUUUCCCAAAAGUAUGAACCACCCCAAAAGCAUAUUUUUAAUCAGUGUAAAUGGUUCCCACUUUACCUUUUAGCUUCAGCAGGGCUCUUAGCACUGCAUACAUUUCACACGCCUGAGCCGACCACCCUGUAUUUAGAGGACCCGAUUCUAUUGUCCCCUCUGUUUGCAGUAGAAGCACUUGGGUCCCUCCUUCAGUUGGGGUGCAGGUUUCUUCGGAGGAUGUUUAGGUUUUCCUGAAGGUUUUUCGGGUAGGUGCCGCUUCUCCUGUAGCGAGUUCUUUUUCUUGCUUCUGAGCUUCACGGACUGCUGCCACUAGGACCUUAGCCUGUGCCUUCUGCUUUUCGUCCUCCCUUCGCAUAUAUACCCUUUGCGCCUCCCGCAGCAAUUCUUGCAAUGAUUUCUCCUGCCAGUCCUCUAAUUUCUCCAACUUUCUCCAUAUAUCCUCCCAUGAUUUAGCCAUGAAUUGUGUUUUUAAUAAUAUGGCUCCUACCGGGGAGUCAGGGUCAGUGCCCGAAUACAUUUGGAGACUCCUCCUUAGUCUCUCUAGCCAUUUGGUCGGGGUCUCAUCCCUCCCUUGGCAUUCCCCUAAAGCUUUCCCCAAAUUCUGCCCCUUAGGUACUGCCCCUCAGAUACCCUGGAUGACCAUGUUCCUUAAAUUCAAUCAUCCUUUGUCUAUCUUCUUCUAUCUGGGCAUUCCAGGAUGGCUUUUGGUUGGGCCACUUAACCUCCCCACUCCCCCCUUGUGGGUUCCUGUGUUCCCAAUCCUUUAUUGUGGCUGUCCUUAUCAUAUCUCGCUCCUCAGCAUUAAACAGUGACCUCAGAAUAGCACAAAUAUCAUCAUACGAAUAAAUGCUGUUUCCCAAAAAUUUGUCCAGUCGCUCGGUCACCCCCAAAGGAUCGUCCAUUAUUUUCCCCAUCUCCUUUUUAAAUGCCCGCACAUCCCCCGAAUUUAUUGGCACAUUCACAUAACCAAUAACUCCCGGAGCGGUUGGGACCUCUCUGAGUGGGUAGAGUCCCGGCUGUCCCUCCUCCUCUUCACUGUCUUCAGCAUGUGUCUUCCGGGUCCUGUGUCUCGUGCGGCUAGUGGGUGGAGAUUCCUUCCGCGCCGCGCUCCCUUCGGGUUGCGUGAGAGGAGGUCGGAGGGACAGGGUUCGUUCUGGUGGGUAGGGGUCGGCUGGUGCCAACUCCUGGGGGAUGUCAGGCGGUGGUGCCUGUGGUCUUACCGGGCGGUAUCCAGGAUUUUCGGGUUCAGGGAGAGGCUCGCGCACCUGAUGGUUCGGGUACGGGGGAGGCAGAUUCUCCAAGGGUUCCCAAGUUUUCGCCAGUCCCUUUGGCUGUUUGUAUGCUCUCACAGGGUACAGAUCAACACUAGCGUAUUCCCAGAUCAGAGCGUAUUCCAUCUCCUCUUCAGUAAAUCUUCUCUAGAACACAAAUUCCCUCAGUGCCCUACAUAUCUUUAUUGAAUGAUCCAAACAUGGGCCAGAGCAUAUGUUUCCUGAUUUCUACAUCGGCCCACUUCUCCAUACAGUAGUAGACUGCCUUUUUCUUAGAUUUUUCCCUUCUAAUAGGGCAGUCUUCCCAAUGUUCUAGCAUCCAACCCAGAGGACUAUACCUCGGGAUGUCGGGGAGAUCGGACCCCACCUUUCUCCCCGAUUUAUCAAGAUUCUUUUCUUGGAUUUUACUCUUCUUCAACCCCAUAUUCUACUCCCCUCCUUAGGCCUAUUUACCUGCAGAACUGCUUUUUAUUAUUUUUCCUUUUACCAGUGUACACACGAAAAAAGAAAAAAAAUUUUGCUGAUCCCCCCCAAUCACGUAGCAAACCGAACUGCGGAUAUAUAGUCAACAAAAACGAUCUCUCUUACCUUUUCCCUGGAUCCAGAGAGGUCCCAUAGUUCCUCCUGACCCAGUCACUGAUCAUCAAAGCAACCCUUCUCCUACCCCCUUCUUGACUUCCCCGGGGCUUUUCUCGGGUUGAUGUGUGUUCCACUCGUGGUGCGUGUUCCAAGCGAACUUUCCACUCGCUUCCCCUGCGACCGACCACUUUCCUCGCGGAAAAAUGGAACUGCGAUCUUAGGGUCUGCACUCGCUUCGUGAUAUUUAUCACGUCUCACACACACAAUCGAUCACUCCCCACUCAACCACACAAAACUUACGGUUCGUUUUCCUGCGUGGAGUCUUCGUGCACAUUGUAUUUACGAGUAGAAUAGACGGCUUCCACGGAGAGCUACCUCCGUCCUCGAGAGCUCUGGGCCCGUUCCACUGUUUGGUUGUGGCUAACUUUCUGGCUACAGAAAAGUUUGGUUUUAUCUGAUUGGUUCUGAUGGGUUUACCCAAUCUUGUCCGGCCGCUGAAAUCAGCGGGGUGCUGCCCGGACCUCGAGAGGGGACCCUGGAAUCCUUAUCAGAUCACGUCAGACUUGGUCACCAAAUUGUUAUAGAAGAAAAAUGAAAAAUAGCCAAUUUCAAUUAAAAAAAAAAAUUAUUUCGCAACCAUAAUACAGUCUCAACAGCCAACAAGCAAAUCGGACAGCGUACCACCCCCGGACGGUGAUGCGGGUGAACGUGAGAUUGAACUCGCUAGUACCAAUUCUACCCCGUCCACACUGGCUUCUCCGAGGCAGCAGUUCUUAUACGGUUUAUUUUGCCCGUGACAGAGUGUCUUUGUCUCUUUUUCAGUUCUUCAUAUUCAAGUUGGUUUCUUUCUCUGGCUCGGGCUGCACAAAGCCUCCGUCCGGGAAUUUCCUCGAUUCCCGGAAUCUGGCAUUCAGAUGGAAGGUGUUGAUGGUCCUGGUCCUCUCAGAUAGGUAUCUUGUCUGGUCCAUCAUCGCUUGGGUGUCUCUGGGUGCAGGUCUUUGUGAAUGCCCAUCUCCUGUGCAGCCAGAGUUUCCUUCAAAUGCAAAUGAGGUGGUGCCUCUCUGUCAAUCUGCCGUGGUUUCACCAUCCUGUGGAAGGAAUCUCCCCCCCUUUAUACACCAAUAGUUCAUUUUAUACGUGUAUAUAUAUUUUGAUAUACCCUUUAUUCCCACAAAUUACUACCCAUAUCUAUAACAGCAUGAUAAACUUUGUCUGAUGUCAUACAUUGCUGUCUUACACUGCAUGCUGAACAACAUGUUUGAUUUGCCAUCUUUUUGCUUUGUUUUCUUUUUCAAGAGCUAACACCAGUGGGUCAGAGGGAGCUCUGAACCCACAGUUACUCUGCCAUUUUGGGUGAUUCUUUAAGGUGAAAAACAUAUCAGCAUACGAGACCUCAUCUUAUUUGCUUUCCUGUCUUAAAACAGCAUUAACUGCAAUAAGGUAUUCUAAAUCUUUUUAUUUUCUGAGCCUCCCCUACUGGCGGCUUUCUCCCAGUGAGCCCCUCCCAAAAGAGCUAGCUCAGGAGCCUCUUUGGUUAGUUCUCAUUAUCUCUUUCUCCUUAUAUUAUCAUGUUUCCACUCAAGCCUCACUGUGUCUUUUCUCAGUUUUUCUCACACACAGACUUCCAGGUGGCAGGUAUCAGAUGUGAUCCUCCACGCAUAAGCUUUAAGAUCUCAGGUUCUGAAUCGGCUUGAUCAGGAACCUUCCAUUUACACUUGGGGCAUAGAACAGCAAUACUAGCGCCUCUCACAAACUGCAUUUCACAUAAGGCGCCAGCUUCUCAAUGCACCAAAAACUCCCGGGAAUUGCCUACAGGCUAUUCUGUUUAUCACUUUGUAUCACUUUGGCAUUUAUCACUUAACAUCUACGGUGGGCUGUUUUCAGUCUAGACUUACUAUGUUACCAGCCGGAGUCCGAUAAAGCACCUCUAAAUGACCUCAUUCAUCUCCUCUAUCUAAACUCUGUUUUACAAAAUCUCAGUCUUUUCCAGUUCUCUUCCUGCACAAUCUAAUUAAAGCAUUGUUUCUACUGACACUCACUUUACUGCCUUGCAAAAGGUUGUGCCUGUUACAGCAAAAACUCUGAUAUGCCCACAAACAGACGCACACACCCCCCUCCCACAUCUGAAAUUCACGAGUCAGGGCUCGAAUUGCUGUGCAAGGGUGUUAUAGGUAAAAAUUGAUCCAGCCAAUUAGAUAAAAAAUAAAAAUAAAAUUUAUUUGUGACCGAUAUUCAGUCCCAACUGCCAACAAUCAAAAAGGAGCAUCGACCCCAGGAUUGGAGCAGGUGAGCUAUUGUUAUGAAUAGAAAAUUGUAUUUUUUUUAAGUUUCAGAGUUAAAAAAACCAAGUCAGACCGGGUCAGACUCCUUUAGUUUCGCUGCCGAAGAAAAGCCCUUAAUCACUCGUUAACGGCAGGUGAUUAACUGAUUGUUUCCCUGAUGCUGGCCAAUUGCCAAGAAGAUACCAAGGGAAACCCUCCAGGGUAAAGAGAAUGGGCAGUGACACCAGAGACAACAUGCAAAUAAGAAAUGCAAUGCACCCUGGGUUUUUACAGUUUUACAGUUUUUAUAAGAAAAACCCCUAAAAUCACGAGCCAAUAAGUGACUUAAAGUGACGUCUAAGGAUGGGAGCAUUGUCCCGUACCUGCUUGAAUCUUUUUAUUUCUCACCCUAACCUGAAAAGAAACUGAUUAAAGAGACCCCCCGGGUUUCUAAACCAACAAACCAAGGACUCAACGACUCUCCCGUGAGGACAGAGUCCCCAGUUCUGUCUGCAGACCAGCGGACAAAACUGCAUCAUCCUCCUCCUUCGUGCCACGCCUGGGAGCAACGGCGGCGAGGGCGCAACCCGUCGAUUUCUCCCCACCUGAGCUGAUUCUUCUUA